AUUUUCGUACUAGGAGUGGUGGUAGCUAAAUCGCCAGUCGCGGUAUAGUCUUGGGUAUAAUUACAUAUUGUGUUCUGUCUCUAUUGUAAAGUGUGACGUGCAAGACGUGGAAUCACAUUAAGAUCAAUUGAGAACAAAACCGAUCUCUUUUUUUGUUACUUUUAACUGUAUCUUAAAUUUUGUGUUUUUACAUUUUGCAUACGAAGUGGCACAAUAAAAAAAUUGAAACAACGAUUUCAUACAAAUAUCACAAUUUUGCAAAUCAAAGAUGAGGAUACUAUUCGUUAUAUCAUUUUUUUUAAAUCUUCUAUUUAAAAUGUUAAAUUUUAUUAUCAAAAUGUGUAAUUUUAACAAAUCGCGACAAAUUCCUCCAACCAAUGAUGACUUGUUUGACUUGUCAGCGAGUGUUCUGGCUAAAAAAAUCAGAUUCGGAGAAAUUACAAGCCAAGAAGUAGUUAAAGCAUAUAUUCAACGCAUAAAGCUAGUGAAUCCUAUUAUAAACGCCGUUAUCGAGGAUAGAUUCGAAAAAGCCUUGGAAGAAGCAAUGAUGUGUGAUCGCAAAAUCAAAAAUGGGGAACUUACCAUCUUCGAGAUGGAAAAACAAAAACCGCUUUAUGGUGUACCUUUUACAGUUAAAGAAUCAUGUAUGCUUAAAGGAUUGAGUUAUACAGGAGGUUCUUAUGCUCAAAAAGGAAGGAAAGCACUUGAUAAUGGAGAAGCAAUAGAAUUAAUGAUAAAUGCUGGUGGUAUACCUUUAUGCGUUACCAAUAUUCCAGAAUUAUGUACAGGAUUUGAUUCAUACAAUUUUCUAUAUGGAAAAACUUACAAUCCAUAUAAUACAAAAUGUGGAGCUGGUGGUUCGUCUGGAGGAGAGGGGGCACUAAUAGGUUCAGGAAGUUCUUUGAUAGGAAUCGGAUCAGAUUUAGCAGGAUCGAUAAGAAUACCAGCCUUAUUUAAUGGCAUUUUCGGACAUAAGCCUUCAAGAGGAAUUGUCUCGGUAAAAGGUCAUUUACCAUUACCGGACGAUGAAGUAUUUAUACGAUGUGGUACAGUUGGACCUCUUGCAAGAUAUGUCGAAGAUUUAUAUCUAACUAUGAAAGUAUUGACUGUUAAACACAAUCAAGAUUUACAUUUGGAUGAUCCAGUUAAUUUAAAGAAAUUGAAUGUCUAUUAUUUGGAAAAUAUUGAAGAUAAAUUUGGGAUCAUUCAAACUCAACAAGAAAUACGAACUUGUAUUAGAGAAGCAGUUAGACAUUUACAAGAUUGUGGUUCGAACGUUGAAAAAUAUCCAGGAUCUUUUAGUAAUUUGUGCGACGCGAUCUUGAACAGAAUCCUAUCGAUGAAAUUUCCAAUCUUAUUGGAUCCAAAUAAUUCCAAGAAUGAACGAUCGUUAAUAUGUGAAUUACCAAAAUCAAUAUUAGGUUGUUCAAAAUAUACGUUUGGAGCGAUUUUUAUUAAAUUUCUUUCGAUAAUUGUAAAACGUAAUGAAUCGAUGGACGAAGGAUUAAAAAUCCAGUGUCAAUACUUAACGAAUUUGUUAAAUGACAAUGGUGUCAUUAUCCUACCCACAUUUGCAUUAACAGCACCUGUUGGAAGAUUAAUACAGUUAAUUAUGAUAAAUGGAUUAUAUUGUCCUAUAUGGAAUUAUUUUGGUUUUCCAGCAACUAACGUUCCCAUGGGUUUUGAUAAAAAUGGUUUACCAAUUGGUUUUCAGGUUAUCGCCGCUCCUUAUCAAGAUCGUUUAUGUUUAGCGGUAGCCAAAGAAUUGGAAAAAUCAUUUGGUGGUUGGAUCCCACCUUAUCGGUCUUAAAAUAUUUAUAUGAUAUUUAUGUAUAUUUAUAUAAACAA